AUGUAGAGUAGGUUCUCUAAAAAUCUAGAAUCAAUUACAAUUAACACAAGUAACUACAAUCAAACCUAAAAUCUAAUUCAAAUUAGUAAAAUAUCAAUACCGACCCUGAAAAUAAAAGCAUCAUCUAUUCACCUAAAAUAAUACAAUAAGAAUAUAAAAUCAAUUAGAAAUAAGAAACUACACCUUAAAAAACUAUUACCCUUCAUUAAUCAUAAUAAAAUAUAGACAAAUAGCUAAUAAUUCCAUUAAUUCCACUUAUGUAAAAUUUAAAAGAAUAGUUUAAAUAAAUAAACAAUAUUACUUAAAUUAGACAUAAGCAUUUUAAUAAUAAACAUCACAUAAUAGGCUGAAGAACGCUUUUAGAAUUUUAAAAUAAGAAAAAAACUUGGAGAUGGCAGGUAUAGUGAUGUAUAUUUAGCUAGACAUUUGUAGACAGGAUUUUUUAUAGCAUAAAAAGUCAUUUAAAAAAUACAAAUGAUAGAAGAAAUGAUUGAAGCUUAGGAGAUUAAAAUUCAAUAUUUAUUUGAUCAUCCAAAUAUUACUAAGUUGUAUACUUUUUUUUAAACUUAUAAUCAUUAUUAGAAUUAUUUAUUAUGUCAUUAGAUGUUCACAUUGCUAAUUACUAAAUCUAUUUAAAAAAAUAACCAAAUUAAAGAUUUUAAGAAAAAGAAGCUUCUAAUUAUGUCCAUUAAAUAACUUUUGCAUUAAUGUACAGACAUAAUAAUGAUUUAAUUUAUCGAGAUAUUUAACCAGAUAAUAUUCUCUUAAAUUUUGGCUAAGCUAAAAUUGCUAAUUUUUCAUUCUGUGUUUAUUCUCCUCAUUUUUAUAGAUAAACAUUUUGUGAUAAUAUCAUAGAUGCUUCACCUGAAAUUCUUAAAGUAGAUAUAUAGGAUAAAAUAAUGUGAUAUUUUUGGUUUUGGUUACUUAAUAUAUGAAUUAUGUUUUGGUAUACCUUCAUGGAAAGAGCAUUAACAAGAAUUAAUUAAAACUGUAAGGUAUAGUUUAAAAUUUUGAUUUAAGCUUGUGUUAUAAUUCCAUCUUAAACAUCUAAAGAAUUGAGAGAAAUCAUUGAAAAUUUAGUUAAAAGAUUACAUAGAGAAAGAUUAACUGCAAAAAUAAGCUUACAAUCACUCAUGGUUAUUAUAAACUUAACAAAUACUACCAAAAUUAAUCCAAUAAAAUGUAACCAUAUUUGA